AGGGCCCCCGCGCAGCAAUUUUGCCUCAGGCCACUCUGCCGCCAGCCCCUCGCCUCCGCUUAAGCCUCCGCCGAUCUCCCCGCCGCGCGCGUGGCCUCCGCGCGUUCUUUCGCGCGCCCUCUCGCUGGGCCGCGCCGCGCCACGCCGAGCCGCCGCACGAGCGGGAAGGGGGACACAACGAUGCAGCUGCCUGCUGCCACGGCGCCGGUCGAUGCGCCUGCAAGGCCCUGCUGGAAGGCGCUUCCAGACGCCAGGUUUCCAGAGGAGUUCCACGAGAUCUUCGGCCCUGUGGACACGAACCGCGAGGCCACCAGGAGGCCGGGAGAGCAGCUCGCCGACCCCUCCGCGCGCGGCGCCGCCCCCUUGGCGGGCGCCCGGGCGGCGGCCGCGCGGGGCGUCGCCCGCGGGGAGCCGCCGCCGGCCGCCGGCGAGGUGGCGAGGUGGCGCGCCCGCCGGGCGAGCAAGGAGGCGGGCCAGAAGGCCUUGGCGGACAUCUAUUGGCGCUCCUUCGGCAGUCAGUCUCACGAGCACUCGGUGCUGUGCGGCAGCGACUGCAGGCAGCGGGCCAUUGUGUCCCGGCACGCGCUCUGAUGUGGAAGCCUGGGGCCACUGUUUACUUCUGUCCUGUUCAGCGGAUCAAGGUCUGUUUGUUGGCGGCUGACCUGGGUUCCUGGGGAGGCGAGGGAGGAUACGAAACACACGAAAGGCAGUUCCUUGACUGGGGGUUUUUGAGCACAUGAAGUGUUGUGACGUCGGGAGGCGGCGACGGGGCGGCGAUGUUAGCGAGCUUGGUUUCUUUCGUAGACAGCAUAGAUGCCAGCUGGCACGCUCAAGCACUGCCCCACCAAGUUUCGUCAGGCGGCAGGCGCCCGUAGCGGCCGCUAGCAUACGCACGGCAAGAUCAUAUGCUCGUGACACGUCGUGCAACAAUGUUCGUCUAUGUUUUACCGGGGAGCGAAUGCUCAUUCCGUUUUAUUUGCGGUUCACUGGCGCGUUACAUGGAGUGUUUCAGCGCGCAUUACUGCCGUUUUUACUUGCCACGCAGAUCCGCCGGUAUGCACAACUACGCGCAGGAGCCGUGGCAAGCUUCCAGUCCCGACCGGAUUCUUUACAUGCGUAAAGCCCUAGGUGGAGCCAGCUCAAAAGCGAUAGCGCAGACAUUGAUAGGAAAGAGAAGAUAGCCAACACGAUGUCGGACAAAUUCUAUCCUUGGAGGGAGGGGCAUGCAUGUCGUACAGUUUCGGCCUCUGGAGCAUACCGCUCUCCAGACCCGGUUUUGACGGUUCGUCUGUUACAUAUUUGGCAACACGUCUUGAGGUCGUAGUACAAUGUGUGGACUACGACGGGGCAGUUUCGUGGUUUGUACAGACCAAAGCCACGUGCCUGGUUGCCAUGUGUAAAGAUCUUAGGUCAGUGUGUUCCCUUGGAACAGCAUGUUCGGAUCGACAGGUUGGCCUAUCAUCCACAUUGGUGCGGCACGUGCGCAACAUGCGUCACAGAUGUGCCGCCACUGUAUAUGGCAACCCUCAUGCGAGCGGGCUUGUGCGCAUUGGCUGAUCUUCUCUCGCUGAGGGGAUGAAGCUGUUCAGGACCUCUGAGGCGUAAUUCUUUGCGCAGGCAACUUCUCGUUCGGCCUCGACAGGCUCCCGCCUUGGCUGAGCACGUUUCUGUUGCUUCUCGAGCCCCUAGCAUCUGAAUCGGGCGCACGCCCACUCAGCACGACUAUCUGCACUUUGUUGCUGCGCGCCAGGCCAGAAUUGGUUGGUGCUGCGCCUGCGCCCGCAUCCACACUUAUUGAGUUAGUGUUGUUCGAGGCCAUGCGCAAGUUAUGAUACUUGCCACGAGCAUUGCGCCCACGGUCGUCCACGACGCUCGCGGUUACGUGCUAACGCACGCGAAUCUGAAUUCGCAUCGGACGCGAGGCCCGCGUGUGAGUUACGGAUAUUUCGCCACCUUGUACGGCAAUUUUAAUUCAAGCGGGCUUGUGCGCAUUGAUUCAUCUUGCUCCGCUCAGGGAAAGCAGUUGUUCAGGAUCUCUCAGUCGCAGCUUGUUGCGCAGGUCACUUCCCAUUAACCUUUGACAGGCUCCCUCCUUGGCUGGACACAUGCCUGUUGCAUCUCGAGCCUCUGGCAUCGGGAUCGGGCGCACGCCCACUCAACAAGACUAUCUGCAAUAUGUUGCUGCGCGCCAGGCCAGAAUUGGUGGGUGCUGCGCCUGCGCCCGCAUUCACAUUUUUUGAGUUGGUGCUGUUCGAGGUCAUGUGCAAGUUAUGAUACUUGCCGGGGACUUUGCGCCCAAGGUCGUCCACGACGCUCGCAGUUACGUGCUAACGUACACGAGACUUGUUUCGCAUCCACUUGUUGCAGCGCGCCAGGCCAGAAAUCGGUGCUGCGCCUGCGCCCGCAUCCACACUUUCUGAGUUGUUGUUGUGGUUAAAUGUAGGUGUUCCGAGAGAGAUUGAAUGGUUUUUGCCUCUUGCCUGCCUGGUGAUCACGUUUCUGUGAAUUGUUC